AGGCACCCAGACGCCACCCCGCGGCGCCUGUCCCUUGAACGCUACCGAAGUCCGGGAAAACCCAGCCAGGAGAGACACCGCCCGACAGCCGCCCUUUGACCCAAAGGCCGCCUCCCGCAAAGUCUAGACCCGGGGCUGGCGGGUUCGCUACUCUCCUGCCAAUCAGAUACGGUUUUCCCCACAGGCCCUAAUGACCAAUCACCGCGCGCGCUACAUUCUUCGGCUCUUCGGCUCUUCGGCUCACCGGCUCAUCGGCUCAUCGGCCCUUCGGCCCUUCGGCUCUUACGCUCGUCCGUGUUCGCUGUUGUUGGGCCUUUAGGGCCUCCUCGAGCCAAAGCGUAGUUCUUGUUGGUUCAAUCCCCCCCCCCUUUUUUUUCCAGGCACUUCCGGGUCCUGCGUCCUCUGGAAGCCCGUGAGUUCCGGGUAGCUCUGGUUCUGCUAGGAAAAGCCAAGCUUCCUAGAGAAUGUUUCACAGAAAGUUCCUGGAGUGGGACGUGUAAGAUGGAGCCUACUUUUAUGAGACCAGAUACUAACCUUCGAGAAACAAUAAUGUUGACUGUUCAUCCAGCCUCUCCUGCCAGUCCAUUCUGCUGUGGUCACAGCAGAUGACUUGUUUCUUUGCUUCCACGUAACAAGCGCAGCUACACUGAUGGGGACUGAGUACCCAGGAAGAAGCUGGUGUGGAUGCCAUUUCCAUGACUCCCAGACAGACCAUGGCCAGGGCUUAUCUUCUAUUGGAGGAAACCAACCGUAAAGAAUAGGGUAUACACAGUUCAGCAGGGUCUAGAGGAAGAGUGGGGUGCCAGGGAGCACCUGAAGGAGGCAGCUCGCCAAAUGUGGAGAGUCCAGAGGAAGUGAUGCCUACCUCACUGCUUAAGAACUUGGGUUCCUGACCAGUAUGAAGCAAGGAUUUCACAGAACUUAUAGCCCAAAUCCCUGCUGCUAUAGUCUUAGAAGUCUUGACAGAACUACAGGAAGGGGCAAGAGAGCUCUUUGCAGAAGGCAUGGCUUCCGGAGAAGAGACUGUGAAGAGCACACACAGGGUGCUAAGAAUAAGUCAGUUGGAUGCACUUGAAUUGAACAAGGCCCUGGAGCAGCUGGUGUGGUCCCAGGUUACUCAGUGCUUCCAUGGGUUUCAGCCAGGGCUCUUAGCCCGCUUUGAACCUGAGCUAAAAGCCCUUUUGUGGCUUUUUCUAUGGCGAUUCACCAUUUACUCUAAAAAUGCCACUGUGGGACAGUCUGUUUUAAAUAUUCAGUACAAAAAUGAUUUUUCUCCGACCCUGAGAUACCAGCCACUGAGUAAAAACCAAAAGCUCUGGUAUGCUGUCUGUACAAUCGGUGGGAAGUGGUUAGAAGAACGAUGCUACGAUUUGUUUCGAAACCAUCACUUAGCAUCAUUCAGGAAAGCCAAACAGUGUGUGAACUUUGUGGUUGGACUUUUGAAAUUAGGGGGAUUGAUUAACUUCUUGAUUUUCCUCCAAAAGGGCAAGUUUGCAACUUUGACAGAACGUCUCCUAGGAAUGCGGUCUGUAUUUUGCAAGCCCCAGAACAUGCGUGAGGUUGGCUUUGAGUAUAUGAAUAGAGAACUUCUCUGGCAUGGUUUUGCAGAGUUUCUCAUUUUUCUCUUACCACUCAUCAACAUCCAAAAAUUGAAAGCCAAGUUAUCUAUGUGGUGCAUCCCUCUCACUGGUGCUCCUGAUGGUGACAACUCAUUAGCCAGCAGUGGAAAACAGUGUGCUCUGUGCGGGGAGUGGCCCACCAUGCCCCACACCAUAGGCUGUGAGCACAUCUUCUGCUAUUACUGUGUUAAGAGCAGUUUCUUGUUUGACAUGUACUUUACUUGUCCUAAGUGUGGCAUCGAAGUACACAGUGUGCAGCCACUGAAAUCAGGAAUUGAGAUGUUGGAAGUGAAUGCUCUUUAGAAACUAAAAUUGUUUACUCUGAGGAAAACUGUAUUAUGUUUAAAUCUAUAGUAUUAUUCACCCUGAAUAUACCAAUUAGGUGUCUUUUAUGAGAGCAUGUGCUUCUUAGCCACUGUUCUGUCCUUGCCAAGCAUGACUAAAAUCUAAUCACUGGAAUUCACAGGAUUCUAAAUAUAUUCUGUAGAUGGUAAUAUAGUAUUUUCUUUAAUGAUUGCAUUCAAUUUUUAAUGUCAAGAGUAAUGGAGAGUUUUUGUCAGAUGACUACUAACAAUGUUCCUUCACUUUGCUACUUCCUAGACAAAGGUUAGAUUCUAAAAAAUAAAAGGUUUGGGAGACCUUGGGAUGAGCAUGAAUUUAUUUUCAGAGAUGGUAUUAUAACAUCAUAAUCUGACAGUGGUAAGACCCUGUUGUUUUAAAUCUUUUGAUCUGAUGGCCCAGUUGUAAUUUUAAGCUUUUCUCUGAAGCCAGUUUUUAAAGGGUUCAGUUGACUCCCUUCUCAGGCAGAAUGAUGGCCACUAGAAGCUGAAGAUUUACAUCCUAUAUGCUUUCUGAUCCCGCUAGAAUAAGAGCUUCUUGCCUCAAAGCUCAGCAAAAUCCAGAAGUUCGCUGUCAUUUGUCUGCCUGGGACUGUGUGCACAUUUCUGAGUCAGGAAGGAAAAUUUCUGCUCCUGAUGAUUCAAAUAUGGGCGACAUGCCCUCACGUAAACCAUGUGAACCUAAAGUAGGAGAGGAGGCAAAGCACAGGGAGCUGCGGUGCUGGUACAGGAAUGGUGGGUUAUGGGCUGGUGGGCAAAAUAGGUCCCUCCUGGAGUCACUGUUACCCUUCUUAAUACCAAAAGUCUACGUGCAUUCUUAAUAUUUUAUCAGCGAUCUAUUCUGAUAAAGACAUGAAUGAGUGACUGAAUGGUGGUCUUCCAUUGCAGAUAUGAAAGAAUUAAAUAAAGUCAACGAGAUUUUGUUACACCAACAA